GGACAAAAAGUUAAAGUUCGUUGGAAGGAUUUGAAACUUGAAACUGAUGAUUCGCAUUUUGCCGCAGUGAUGCUAGCUGUGUGGCUAGCUGCUUAGAUCAAAUUAUUGUGUUGUGAGAAAAUUUUGUUUUAGCUGCUUCAACAUGUCUAUAAUAACAUCACCAUUACAAGAAAUUACGUUAUCCCGAAAUCUGGUGAACUUGGAAGCUGUGCUGUUUUACCCCAAACUAAUCCUAUUCGAAAACAAAAAUGUUGUGCAUGUAUUGGAUUUACUGACCAAAAAUGUGAAAGAUCCUGACAAAUCCGAAUAUUCCUUUGUUGGUGACGAGAUAAUCGACAAAGUUUUUCAUAACAAUCACGUAUGGCUAUUAUUGAGGACCAAUAAAAUUGUGGUUAUGGAUGUUGAUAAUGGAUUUAUAUCUACUGUUUAUGUUGAUAGUCAUAAAUUAAGCCACUUUCUAAAAACAUCCGAGACAGUAUUUUUAAUUAGUGAAAGUGGUGAAUGUCUGAAUUUGCCCUACAAGGAUCAAGAACUGAGUUUAAAAUUGAAGGCUGGUUCAACAGAAGAAAUAGCUGUCUUAGAAAAAGCACCAGUACAACAUAAUGCAAUCAAAUACAAUCAAUACAAUACAAUCUUAAUAAAUCCACAACUAGGUCUAGAAUUCACAAAUGAAAACAAUAUUGUUGUGAAAUGUCCAAUUACCAAAUUAUCUGCAACUAUUUCUGUUAACAUGCCAAUACAUCACUUGGUGCCAUGGGAUGAGGCAAUUGUUUUAGCCCAUGAUCAAAAUAUGUGGGUCGCUGAUUUGAAAAAUGGGGAAUCUUUAUUUACUUUCCCAAACAAUGGCUUUAAAUGUUAUCCAGUGUCAAUUCAUGAUUACACUCUCUACUAUAUCACUUACAAGGCUACAGAGAUCCAAAUAUGCUGUGCAAGGAAUACAUCUAUGUCACCAUUGAGGAAUUUAGCUGAUGAAGUAUUGGACAGAAGUAUAGCCAAAAUUUCUUCUCAAGAAAAACUCAAAAUACAGCUUACGGCAAUUACUGAAGAUAUCAUCACUGAAAAGAACCCUAUACAGGUAACACAACUACAGUCAUAUUUUGAUAAUAUAGAAGAUUAUAAUUUCCUCAUUGAUGUAGCUUAUAAGCUUUGUCAGCAUAAUCUUACAUAUAAAUCCAUUUUAUACUCACUUCAGAAUAAAGUGUAUGCUGCAGGAAAUACUGAUUUAGUUACUAAACUGGCUGAUCUUGUUAUAAAAGUUGAUUUAUUGGAAUAUAUUUGUUUUAAAGAUAACAAGAAUUAUCAGAAUAGCAAUUUAUUUGAUAAGGAUGUGACAGAACUUUGUAUAAUGUUUAUUUCAAAUCAUGAUUUAGAUUUAGCUUCUAUAUGUUGGUUGAAAUACAAUGAAGUCAAGUUAACUAUAAAUUCGGAAGAUGUCCUCGAAAUAUUAUAUUCAAUACCACACAAUAUAAAAAUGGGUUCUCUUUUAAUUUGGCUUAAAAAUUUCGUGCCUUUGCUUUUAGAUGAGAAUCCAUUUUUCAUAGAUCUUUUUGUUAAAUGGACUAUGGAAAGAAUUCUUAAAUUGGAGCAAUCUGGGUAUUGGCCCAAAAUAGGCUUAAAAUUUAUUGAAGACAUCAUCAAUGUUUUGGAGUUGUCAUUAAAAAUGAUCGCUGUUCGUCCUGUGUCUAUGGAUGACUUGGAUAUACUGAAAGAUCGCAUAAACUAUAUAUUAGAGUUAAAGGAGAAAUAUAAAAUUAACAUGUUAUUAAGUGAGUUAAGCUCUCAAAGCCCUAAUGAAGUUGCUCUUAUAAUGUUACGAAGAUGUUAUAAUGAAGAUCUAGAAAUAUUUUUGCGUGAUUAUUUACCAUCUUAUGCUGCUCGACAUUUGUUUGAACUAGAUGAUACACUGAGGGCAUUUAUAGAAAGUGAAGCUGCUCUUAGCGGUGGUGGAGUUGAUAGUUUUCGUUUAAAAGUAGUAUUGAGUGCCUUUCGUUCAACAACUUCAAAACUAGAAUGCUUGCUGCAAGUAUUGAAAGUGUUACAUGUUCCAUGGGACUCGAACGUCCUUGAAUUGGCUGUUGCUGCUGCUGCCUCUGCAACUAAAGAUUUUACUGUCACUGAUAUUGAUCGAACAUUAGCACAGGAAGUGCAGAAAGAACUUAACUAUGCCAAUGUGAAAGUUGUAUUGAAAAAGUAUAAUUUUCCUCUAACAUGCACUGAUUACAUGUUAGUGUUGAAUAAGAUAAUGAGAACAACACCAGUUGACUUAAAUGACUUAAAAAUAAUUACUGGAGUCAUGACAAAUUUUAAAAAUUAUGGGAACAUUUUGUUUAUAGACAAAUGCCUUCAUAGCUGUGAAACAAGAAACGCAUUAGAUUACUUCAAUAACUUAACAAAUAAAGAAAAAACUAUUCUGAUUAAAACAGUCAUGAAUAAAUAUGAGCAAAUUGUAAGUGGAGAUACUUGCAAUUUAACUCUGGAAAAGAAUUAUUUAGAUUUCCUCAAAGGUACACAACUUUUGAAUGAAAUCCAAAUAACUACUAUUGAAAACCUAUACUAUCUGAAAAACUCUUAUGAUAUUACAGUAACUCUUAAUAACUUAUACAUUGAAGAAGCUAUAUCUGGAAUCACAUCCAUCUGGAUGCGUAAAGAUGGACAUACAGCCAGCUCUGCUCAAGGAGGAUGCGUUUCACAACUCACACGCACAGAAAAGUCCCGCGAUUCUAUUUUAUCAAAUCUUUUACGGCGGACUUCGACUAACCAUGAUGUUAGAAAAUUACUGGAGAAUAUAUUGUAUAGCCAAUCAAGUGAUGAUGCAAUAUCAGCUUUGAAUAGUUUCAAAAAUGGCAAAAAUUCGUUAUUAUUAAUGAAUUCAUUCAGGAUUCUAGUUGAACUCCUCAUCAAAUGCGAAGAGAGUUAUAUGCACUAUUUGAUAAAAUACUUGUCUAUAUUAAAUGCGUUACUGAAUGCGGACACUAAGUUAAAGAAUUUGUCAGUAGCAUGGAAAUUUCAAUACAUUUAUUUACCAAUGUCGUCUAUCAAAAGCAUGAAUGAAUUUAUUGAUUUCAUUGAAAAGUAUAUUUCUCAAAAUAUUUUAAUGGUUGAUGCUUAUCACAUUUUGGAUGGUCAUGAUUUUAUUCCAUUUCGAAUGGUUUCUUACAUUAUUCAAGAUUUAAUUAUUACUGGACAAAUAUUCACGGAAGAGUUAUACGCAAUGCGUGACAAAAUAACUCGAAAAGUAUUGACUAAAGCAGUACUAUCCCAAGACCUUGAUGAAGUAUUACUAACAAAUCUAUUACUCAUUUUGAGUAAAUUUGAAGAAGUAAACGACUCGAUGUGGUUAAUAGACACAUUAAAAGGUCAAGGGGAAACUUUAUCACCUGCUUUUGUUCGCUUCCUUUCUUCGCCUGUAAUUCGUCGUACAUUUGCACUGGAAGAUAGUUUUGGAAAUACAGUUCCUUACCAACCACAACAUUUACUCAAGGUAAAAUUUAACAUCAAUUUAGCAGAUAUAGCUCUUCCUGAAAACACUGAAGAGACUUGGGACGUUAAAGUGAUCCUAUUUUGUGUUUUAAAACAAUAUCCCAAUACUUCUUUUGAUAAACUGGUACAGAUUUGCCGCACAUUAAAUAUUUCAGUAAAUGAUGGAUUAUCUUUACAGUUGGUAUCAUUACUAUCGUCUUGGGAGCUUAACUAUAAAUUGUUCAAUGAUAACUUGAACUGUCGACAAAUAUCUUUUGGAAAUACGGAAAAAGAGUUAAUGUCUCAAUGUUUAAUUAUCUGGGAGAAUAUUGAUGAUAAAGAUUUAAUAAAGGACAUAUUGAAUGAUUUUUGGAAAAAUGGUGAAGUCUGUUUACAUGGUCGGACAAUCUCUAUAAAUCCUUACUACUAUGAAGUAUAUCUGUGCAUAUUUAAUUUAUUAUUUGGGAAAUCUACGGAUUUAAGGGACAUGAAAGAAUAUUUUUUGCUUAACUUUUUGAAAGAUUACCGAAGAAAAAGCCCUCCUAAACAAUACGAAUUUGAGCUAUUUUCCGUUAAGGGUAUGUUUCCUGAAGUUGGGUAUUAUCGUUUACCGUUUCCUCUAUUUAUGCGUGAUGACAUGUGGUCUAAUUUAAAAUCAGAAAUUACUCUAGAAACAUAUGAACGGUGGAUACCUGUCGUUGCCUUGCUCUCUUUAGAUGCUGAUCUACAAACUGCCAGAGAUAUGAUUUGUAGUAACGCAUUGAAACAAACAAUGACUUCACGGAAGAAUUCAGAUGGUUGUAAUAUAGAGGCAUCGGAAAAUGAACCCUGGCGAUUAACGACACGAGAAGAACCUUUGCUUCGUUCUGCGCAUCGAUGUGUGCGACAUAUUGCAAAUAUGGAAUGGGCCGGUGCAUGUUUAUUCUAUGUACUUCAAGGUUGUGCCCGUGGUGCUGAUCAAGUCGCUGCAGCACAAUUGUGUUAUCAGUUCGCACAGCGGUGGGCCGCUGUUCAGCCUGGUAAUCGAGCUGUCCGACAAAUGGAACGUUUGCAUUUAACACUUGCUACGCGACAUGCUUUACAUAAAAUUGAAUGGGUUUGUGAAGAGUUCGUUCGCCUUUCUACCGAGCCUGCUCAACUUAUUCGCGCAUUGUAUCUUCAUCCUUCGUUUGUUGAGAAAAUGUCUAGACAUGAUAUCAAUCGUGCUGCUACUGAAAUUGCUGAUAAAAACGGAAUAAACAUAAGCUCUAUUAGGUUUCAAAUUUUGGAGAAUAUUCUCGAUAAAACGUACGAAGAAAACAAAAAUAAGAAAAAUUCAGGAUUAAACAGAAAAGAUCUGUUAACUGCAAAGUACAUAUUAAAGGCAACAUGUCCCAAAAUGGGAGCAAUUUAUCUGUCGCGAAUCGUAUUUGACGAUGAAAGCGAUUUCAACAAAUGUAAGAAAUUGCGGGCUCUUCAGUGUUUGAUGAGUGUUAUAGAAGCUGACACUGCUGUGAAGGUUACAAAUCGUGGACGUGAAGAUUUAUGGAAGUUCCUUUUGGAGCUACUAUGCGUUGUAAAUUUGGAAAACGAGGACUUGCCAUGGGUGGUUUCCACAUUUAUGCAAGACAAAAUACGUGCCAUUGAACAGUUGCUUCAAGCUGGUACAAAUGUCGAAGGAUUGAAAGUUGCUGCUGAAUUGGCACGAAGAUAUGGCAACAUACAAAUUAUUCGAGAACUCAUACCUUUGCUACUACGUGCUGGUUUAUAUGAAGUCAUGACACCACUACUGCUAAGAGCUUCUUCGCCUCCUAAUGAAGUUAUUUGUGCAGCAUGGCGCGCAGUUAUAGUAUCUCCAUUCCAGCGUGCUGAUUAUCCUAUAACGGAACGCCAAAAAAUUCACUGCCUUACUGCUAUUAAUUUACUACCUGUUUGUCCUAUAAUUAAAGAUGAAGAUUUAUUAGAAAUUUGGAAGAAUUGUUUAAGAUGUAAAUGUGUUGGUAUAGGAUGUUUAGUUUUACCAUAUAUGACUUCUAAAACGAGGUCGUCACUAUCUGAGUUACAAAGAAUUGAUAAGAGAAACUUGAUUGCUAGUUUGAAGAACUUGCAUGCUGAGACUUAUCUUGUCUCAAGUGCUAUGUAUGUAAUAGAAAAUAUGUCAUUUAAAGGUCAACAAAGAUAAACUUAUUUUAUAAGAAAUGUAAAAUAUUUUAAGUCUUAUUUUUGGCAAAUGGCAAUUACAUUUUUUUAAGUUAAUAUUAAUAAUUUAGUUUGAGAUGUAACUCUGUAACAUAAAAAAAAUCAAUAUGUAACUAAAAAAACUAAGCAGUUUAAAUUACUUUAUUUACAACAUAAAACCACAAAACACAAUCUACAUUUUCUUUCAUCAUCAUGUUUAGAGAGUAUCUAGAAAUGAUUAGAUUGCAAAGCAUUUUUAGUAUUAAUUUAUUUUAUUACAGAAAUUAGUAACUAGAGAGUAAAUAUUAUAAGAGAAAUUGUAAUCAUUGUAAUAUUGGUAAUUCAAUAAAGUUAUUUAUGAUUA